GGCCAUUGUGAGUGCGCUGGCAGGGUCUCGUGCAGCCUUGCCCGAGGCAAUCACUGCAUUUUCGACAUGCCUCUCAAGCGCAUUGAUGCGCGGCUGGCGUGCAAAGACUUUGCAAGACUCGUGAGCUGCGCUGUCAUACUCUGCACCAGCACAGCCUUGCAGCCAUCAGUCACACGCGUGGAGGUGAAUCUGCGUCCGUCGACGCCGUCGCAGCAGCAGCCGCUGUGGGACUCGCCGCUGAGUCUGAAUGAUGCAGUCACACAGCAAAUACCGAUGCUGUCCUCCGCUCCGAUCGAGACCGAGGCAGGCGAAAGAUUCAGAGUGGACGUGUAUCCGCGAGGAAACUCGGGAAAACGGGCUGCCGCGGUGUAUCUCCGCUACCUGAGUCGCGGGAACGGCGACGACGUCGACGCCACGUUCUCGCUGGCGCUGCGCGUGAACGGAACCACCGUGCCGACCUUAUCUGGAUGCGGCGGCGCGGAGAAGGGCGGCGCGCCCGUGUGGCGCGGCGCCAUGACCUUCUGCGGUGCUGCUGAAGCUGUGGAAAGCUGCGGCCGCGCGGCGGACUGGGGCGCGCACGCCUGGCCGGGGUGCAAAACCGGCGACGAGCCGUCGGCCGUCGUCGAGAUCGCGACGUGGAGCCGGCGCUCGGGCGAGACUUCGAGCAGUUUCCGCGGCGCGCUCGGCGCAGCGGCGCGCGCGGCGGCGCCGCGUACCCGCGAACGCUUCAAGGGCGGAGAGGUGCUCGUUCCAGUAGCUAGGAGCGAUGCUGGCGCCGCCGCGCUCGAAAAAAUGGGGCUCGCGACGGGCGGCGAGUACCGCGUCAUGCGUCUGCUACGCGAUGACGAGGACGUCUUCUAUGCCGACGCGACCGACCACAACCUCACGGCGAAGCUACGACCGGCGAUGGGGGCCAUGGAUCCCAUGUGGCCGGUCACGGUCCCGCUCGCGCUCGACGGCGUCGAGUGGCUGACGCGCUUCGACGCGCGUUCGUUUCCGGCCCGAGUCACGCGGGAGCUGUCCCUGUCCGCGGCCUCUGGCGGCGACGCGGCGCGGGGUGGCGCAAUAUUAAUUGCGUGGCUUCUGUCGGCGGUGGCGCCGAUACCCCUCGUGCUGCUCGCGCGGACGUUCGCGUCGCUCUACGUGAUACCGUCGGAGAGUAUGGUCCCAACGUUACAGAAGGGCGACGUCUUGCUCGUAGCGAAGUCAGGGCUACGCCGCGGCGCGCCGCCGGCCGUCGGUGACCUGAUCGUGUUCAAUCAACCUCCAGCGCUUCGGGCUUUAGUCGGAAAAGAGGUCAAAGCGGGCGACCAGUUCGUCAAACGCGUCGCUGGCGUCGGCGGCGACGCGCCGUCGUUCGACGCACGGCGGGUGCCGGCUGUAUGUAACUCGCCGUCGGACUCACUCGCGCGCGCCAUCACGGAAGGUGCCAGGGACCGCGGCGACCGCCCCGUCGCGCCCGGCGCCGUAUUUGUACGAGGCGAUUGUGACGGGAAAUCCGUCGACUCGCGGGUUUUUGGAGACGUCGACGCGAGGUUUGUCGUCGGGAAGCCGUUGUACCGCGUGUGGCCGCUUGGAAGGACGGGGCCCGUGAAUUGAGUAAUGUUCAAGUGUGCUUACGCCUA